AUGGCCCGGCUCUCUCUUGAUAUCACGCGGGCAGAGUCUGUGGUGACUGACGAGUUCGUGGCGGUGGCUGCAUUGGCAGCUUCUACGGCAGUGGCAACUCCUCCCUCAUCUUCCUCAGGCGCUCCGCAGAUCAGCAAUACUGCUCCCUGGGUUGCUGGGACGUUCUACUCGGUUGUUCCCCGUGGUGAGCUCCAGCCCAUUCACGACAAGGGCGAGAAGUGGUACGCAGUCACUCGUGGCAAGUGGGUUGGUGUCACCAACAACACGGCUCUUGCCGUCAACGCUACUACUGGUCGCUCCGCCGGAUUCCAGAAGGGCUACGAUAACCAGAGUUUGGCGCUCAGCGCGUUCAACACAGCGCUGGCCAUGGAGGCAAUUUUGGUGAUCUGA